GUCAGUCUUGAAGGCAAACUAUACAGAACAAUUUAGACAGCAGUCCAAAACAAUUGGGUCAUAAUUAAUUAUUACUCAAAAUGGAUAACUGCGAUUUGGAAAAACUAUCUGUUUCUGCAGGAAAGUUGGAGCCUCCGUUCAAAGCCUCUUGUACUAGUUACAAAGUGGCAGUCGCAAGUGACAUAAAUAAAGUAACUCUCGAUGUACUCACUAGUGACAGCGGGGCCUCCUAUCGGAUUGUUACUGGGGAGGGUUCAAAAGUUGUUGAUCUUAAAGAUGGCACAAACUUAAUUAAUAUUGAAGUAACAGCUGAAGAUGGGACAGCAAAAAAAUAUAUGAUUGAGGUAGCCAAGCUUUCUGCCAGCAGUGCACUACUAACUGAUCUCAAAAUAACUGGCGAUCUGAAGCUUGUGCCACCGUUUGCCUCAAAUGUAUAUGAAUAUUCAUGUACAGCCCCAUUCUUUUUAAACACUGUAAUUCUGCAGCCAACUCUUCCAGACAAAAACAUGAAGGUUUGUGUUAAUGAAUCAGAUGUUGCAGAGCCAGUUUUAUUGAAUGUUGGAGACACUCUGCUAGAUGUAAAGGUUUCUUCAGCAGAUGGCACCAAAGCUCAGGUUUAUGCUGUCGUGGUCUCCCGCAUGCAGCUUCCUCAUUUAGUCAGCUUUAAAGAUAUCAAGGAUCAGGCUGAAUUUGAGUGUCCUGUCUCCCUAACAGCAUUAUAUAGACCUAUCUCUAUUAAUGGAAGUGAUCCCAAGCACACUUUCUCAGCUCCAUACAUUGAAUUACUAACUCGAAGGUCAAAAGUCGAUCCUCUUGAUGAGCAGCCUUUGAGAAAGAACUGGAGAAAUCCAGAGUAUGACCUGGAUCGAAGGAUUUCAGCUGCUUCUGUGUGCUGCUGCUAUGCUUAUCGAGGUUGUGGUAGUGUUUUGAAAUUGACACAGCUUGGACAGCAUUUGAAGGAGUGUCCUAAUAAGCCUCCACCAGAACUGGAUGUAAAGAUUGUUACAGACACUGAAUGGUACAAAACAAAUUUUGCAUCUUCAAAUAAAUUUGAAUUUCAAAAAAAGCAUACUCUACAGAUUCGGAACUGGGAAAAAAGACUUCAGCAAGCUAUUGGUGACAACGACAUUGAAAAGCUGUGCUCCAAUGCUGAAGAACAAAUUCAGAUAUAUAAACAAAGGCUUCCCAAAUCAGGAGAUAUACCACAUUAUGAUGAAGGAUCAUCUCCUCUGGAUGCUUUGCACCAGGUAGCUGUUGAAUAUGCUUCAGCUAUCAAACUUAAACCAAGGGAUCCUAAGCUUCACUUCCUGCUUGGCCUGACCAUUGAAGAGCAAUACUAUGCUGCUGAAAUCUACGGGCUUAAGAAAAGGACUGAAGAAGACACCCAAGAACUCAGCAGUGCUAAAGCUGCUGGUAGAGAAGAUGAAAUUUUGGCCAUCUGCAAACUUCAUGGGUUCCAGGGAAAGCCUACACUGGAAAAUCAGCUGCAAGCCCUGGAUGCUGAGUUUCAUCAGCUAAAGGACCAGGGUCAGUCAGGAAGGGCAGACUACAUACAGACUCUUUUCAUCUGGAAAUCAAAGAUGGCUGGCAAGGAUGGACGUGCAGGAGUCUUAGAUGAAGAAAGCCCACUUCACCAAGCCCUUCUAAAAUACCUGGAUGCUUGGUCCUUGAACCCUGAUAACUGGGAGUACAACUUCCACGUUGGCAGGUUAUUCCUGCUGCAAGGAAAAAGUGAAGUAGCACAACAACACCUGCAGACAUCUCUCGCCCUCCGACCAGCAGCUCCUGCUACAAGGUUGUACACAGGCUUAGCUCUACUGGAGCAAAAGGAAGGACCAGGGCAAAGAGCACAGGAAGCUGUGAUGUACCUACAGGAGGGUUUAGAAGAACUAAUUACUCAACAGUUUAAUGCAGCAAGUGAACACACAGAAAGGAAAGGUGACCUACAGGCUGUAAAUCCAUUCUCCCUAAUGAACACACAGUUAAUAAGAGGGUUUCUCAAACUGGGAGCCUUGCUUAAAAAAGUGAACUUUCCUGGAAAAACAAUGACUGCUGAGGACGUUAUUCAUAUUGUGGCAGACCUCACUGCAAAGGCUUUGUGCCAGUGUCUGUUUCGGGGAGGUGUAAUGCAGCAGCUGGAGUGGGGGCUCCUUGAGGCUCAUUUCUUCCUGCUGGAGUCUCUGGUCCUGCAGCCGAAGAGGAAAGAGUCCUGGAUAGGGAGGAGGUGCCAGGCAUUAUCAGCAUUACUUAGGCUCACCUCCAUCCCUGCCUGCAAAGAACUUUUAGAUAUGCAGGAAAAGGUUUGCCAGUUAGGCGUUAUAGCAACUCCCUGCAACAGUCAUGCUCUGUACCUGCUUGGCGUAGCACAGCUUAAUCAGUACGAUAACGAUUCAGAUUCGGAGAAUGCCCAAAACUAUAUCAGAGAUGCGCGCCUCAGUUUCCAAGCCAGCAUUAACCUUGAGAACAAGUCAGCAUUUGGGCCUCCCCCACCAGAAAUCUCAGGUCAAAAAUGGUGGCAGGAUUGGGUUACGAGAGAGGAAGAGAAAGCUUAUCUGCAGUCCCAGCAAUCCUUCAAGACAGAGGGGGCUCCAGCUACAAGCCUUGCAGGAAAAGGAGUGGCUCGAGGGAGGGAUGUAACUGCCAGAGGAGGGGUCGCUCCCAGGGGAGGCACUGCAGCGCAAAGGGGUGCUGCUGCAAAAACUUCUACUCCCACUGCAAGAGGGAGAGGUGGAGCUGUGACUCCAGCAAAGUCAAGUGGGACAAGCAAAUCUACUUCUAAAACAAAUUCUAAAACAAAGCUUCCUGGCACAAGUUCUGAGAAACCAGACAGCAGUCAAGACAAAGUAAAACCAGCAGCCAUUGAAGCCAGUAGUGUUCAAGAGAGUACUGUAACUAGACAAGAUGAAAGUUCACCUCCAAUAAACCGGAAAUCACACUUCCACCGUCUUGGCCUGGCACGUGCCUUGUCUCGCAAUGAGGAAACUCAAGAAGAGGCCUGCAUACUGUAUCAGGAAAUUAUUGCAAUGUCACCAGAUUUUCGUGAUACAUACAUCGAACUUGCUGAUCUACUAAUGAAGACUAAUCCACUUGCUGCAGUAGAUAUUUACUGCAAAUUUCCUUUGAAGCCUGUCGAGGAACAGACAUUUGAGGAUGCCUUUAUCACUGGAGAGAUUGUACGUAUUUUGAUGAAACAGGAAAUGUAUGAUCAUCCCAAGUUAGCCUCCAACAUGAUUGAUUAUGGAAAGGUCAUGGGAACAGGAUGCAUAGAGAAAUACAUUAAUAAUCUUGAUGAGAAGUUUAAAACAAACCUCUUGAAGACAAUUUAUGCUGGCAUCCACAAUAAAUCUGUUGAUGACAAAGAUCUUCAGGAUUUCUUUCGCUUCAAAUGUUGGCUCUAAAUAAAUGUACUUGUUCUUUUUUAUCUGGAUAGCGAUGAUGCAGUUUGUUUUGAUAUAAAACCCUAACUGUGGUAAGCACAAUCAUUUCUGUUUUUAACCUGAAAAGAAUAGUUGUACCUCUGCUAAAACAAUAAACAUAACUUAUGUCCAUACCUUUUGCCUUAAUUGAACAAUACAAAAUCAUAAGUACAUACUUUAU